UAGACGGUGCUGACUCCAGCUGGAGAUGGAAGCAGACAGCUGACAGACUAUCUGAGCCGAACGUACUCGGUGAGCUUUCUGUUCGCCAGCAGCCGACCCAGCGACAGCAUGGACAACGUGGACAACCUGUUCAACCCCAGCCUGGCAGCAGCUCUGAUGAAGCUUGAUCCAGAUGAUGGCGAGCAAAUCAUGGAGUAUUUUAAAACCCACGCCCUGCUGAGCAGAGAAAAGGCUUUGCUGCAGGCGUCGGUCAGAGAGCAGAAGAAGCUGCUGGUGGAAAACGCCAAACUGAAAAAGGACAUUGAACAGCUGAGAGUUCAACUUCAGGAAAAGCAGAAGAGACGUGCUGCUAAAGCGUUAGCCUCUAAGGCUUCACCUCCUUCAAGUAUCAGCCCCACCCCCUUGUCGUCUGUAACCCAUCCCACCUCCCCGGCUGGAGCAGCAGCUGCUACAACUGCAAAUCCUCCUUCUUCCUCCUCUUCCUCACCUGAGGGCAGAGAGAGGCAGAGCAGGAGGAGGAGAGGAGAAAGGAAAGCUCGUCCCACGUCAGACCCUCUGUCUCUGGGGGCGGAGUCUCGGAUCGACCCAUCACGCCUGGAUCUCAGAGUCGGACGGAUCCUCAACAUCCGCCGUCACCCAUUGGCCGAGGCCAUGAGCGUCCAGCAGGUGGAUGUGGGAGAAAACAGGCCCCGGACCGUUGUUAGUAGGCUGGGAGAGAAUCCACACCUGGACGAGCUUCAGGGCUCUCUGGCUGUGCUGCUAUGCAAUGUUAAGGCCUCUAAGAUUAAGGGCGUGGCCUCACAGGCACGCCUCCUGUGUUGCUCUGCCUCCGAUACCUGUGUCGAGCUUCUGGUUCCACCAUCAGGCUCUGCUCCUGGAGACAGAGUCACCUUUCUCAGUUACCCUGGUGAACCGGACCGGGAGCUCCAGUCCAAGCAGAGGGUCUGGGACCUUCUACAGCCAGACCUGAAAGUGGACUGCAGGGGCGUAGCCAACUACAAAGGCUGCGGGUUUGAGGUGAAGGGGAAGGGGCUGUGCAGGGCCCCCACCCUCACCAGCUGCACCAUCAGAUAGACCAUGCACCAGGAUGAAGCUGAGAAACUUUUCAUAGAACCAGAACCUCUGUUAACUUUGGUUUUUUUCUUUGUGUCAGAACAACCGAACAUCAGUUUAACAUAGGUUCUAUCUGAACAUUUUAUCACUAAAAUGUUGAAAAUAUGAGUUACACAUCUGUCAUCUACUUCCACCAGAGUCUGUUCAACAAACUGCAAAGAAAGCAUGAUUACCAAAUAAAUAAGUUUUGAGAACAGAUUGAACUGAUUAUGGAGUCACUGACCUGGACCCAAACCAUUAAAUAAAGAUUUUUCAGACAUGAAAUUAAUUAAUGCAAAAAUUAUAAAAAUGAUUCAAACAUUGACUUGAGAGAAAUUAGUGUAACAUCUCUGUGAGCUGAUAUGAAGUUAAAGAU